CGUGCACUCGUGCGGUGCACUCGUCCGUGCCUUGCGUGCGUGCGUGCGUGCGUGUUCCGUGUGUCGCGCGCGCUGCGCCGAGCGGCCGAAUCGUUACCCCUCCCUUUUAUCCCACUUUCUGUCCUCCCCCCUUUUCUACUGCUCUCUCUUUCUCUCUCUCACACACUCUCUCCGUCCGUCUCUCCUCUCCGUGCGUCUUUCUCUCUCUCUCUGUUUCUCUUCGUCCCUAACCUAAUCUAACCUUCUUUUGCGGCUCGAGCGCUCGGCAGAUUAGAUCGCGGCGCACGCGACGAGUUUAUCCGCGACCGUUCGCCAAAUGUGAUUCCGCAUCGGCCAUUCGGAGUAGAUCACCGGCGUGGUUCUCGUCGACGGUCAGCGUGCCUACGGAGAAGCCGUCUCGGAUCUUUCCCUUUCCCCCUUCCGCCCGCCUUUGCACCACCGUUUUCACCACCUCCGCGCAGCCAUGGCCUCCUCUAACCGCGGCAUCCAGAUCGGCUCCGGCUGGUUCCAGACCAAGAUUAACCUCAGGCCGCAGCACCGGGGCGUUCACCUCGUCACCGAGGAGAUCCUCAGGCAGGUACCUGAGCUCUGCCAGUUUUCCAUUGGUCUCUGCCAUAUCCAGAUUCUCCAUACCUCAGCUAGUUUAGCAUUAAACGAGAGCUGGGAUCCAGACGUGAGAGACGACAUGGAGAUGAUGCUUAACAAAAUAGUUCCUGAAGGCUUGGAGUACAGGCAUAGCUGCGAAGGACCCGACGACAUGCCGGCACACGUGAAGGCCUGUUUUCUGGGUUCAUCGCUGAGCAUCCCGAUCACCGAUGGCAAGCUUGCGCUGGGCACGUGGCAGGGCAUUUGGUUAGGCGAGCACCGUGACCACGCUGGCAGCCGCAAGCUGGUGGUAACGUUGACCGGUGUCCUGAGGGACUCGGCGCGCAGUCCUCUCAGCCCGGUCAGCCCUAUCGCGUCUACCAGCAGCUAGGACCACUCGCACCCCCGAAGGCGUGGCAAGCGUCAGCCGCGCGCGUCCACCUCGAGCGACUCGAGCUAGCAGCCGCUUUAAGCCCUAGUCAACUUCUAAAAGAGUACAAUCUAUUGAGGAGAAGUGAGCCGGAGUACCUCGCGGACUUACCUAUCGCUCGGGGAUAACCACCGUCAGUAGCGAUCAACCGCGUCCUCGACACGUUUCGCGUCGAGUGGACAGAUCGGGGAUCGUGCAUCGUUCAAGACUUCUGUGCGCGCGUGUAUGUGCUUCAGGGUUUUUUCAUUUGUGUCUCCGACAUCGUCGUUCCGCAUGGAUAUUCUUUUUCAUUCGUGUGACGAUAAGCCGUUAGGGUUGUUGCAAGAGUUUCGUAGACGGAGAAACCCGUGGAACGAUAGGGUUUUGCACCUGGAUGUUACCCUUGCAACUUGGGAACCCAGAUUUUAAGGAAACUUUUUUCUCUAAAUGGUCACAUUAAUUCGUAAAAAGUUUUUGCAUUUGAUAUUCGAAGAUAUAGGAAGCUGAAAUAUUUGAAAGCUCUUUCAUGUUUUGAGAAUUUUGGAAUCCGAGAAUCUCGGAGGCUAGAAUCUUUGCAACAACUCAGAAUGCUUCUCUCUCGUUUCUUCAUUUCUAAUAUUUUUUUAGCUCGUGUUGAUCACGUUGGACAUCCACAUACAAUAAUAAUAAAUAAUAGUAAUAAUAAUUAUAAUAAAUGAAGACAAAUGGAUAUAAAGAGAUAGGGAGAAAGAGAGAAAUGAAGAAAAAACUGCCACGGCAGAUGCGCGCAUCGCACGCGUCUCAUGUAAACAAAACGAAUUAAACGCGAGUAUCCAACACUCUUCCGCCUCGCUCUUGAAGAGAAAAGAUAGCGAAAAGCGAGAAAGACACGCUCUAAGGAAGGCAAUUGAGGAAAAAAAGACAGGGAAAGAGAGACGGAGAACGAACGAAUCUGCAUUCCGGUAACGCGUCCAAUACUCCGAAUUUACGUAGCUUUAUGUAGGAGACCCUUUUGUAUAAACGAAGUUAACGAAUACGAGCAGCCGUGCAGGGACUCGCACUACUCGCAGUAUCCUUUUUUACACUCUGCUAUCUUUGAGCUGUCCAAAAGUGAGAGACGAAGAGAGGGAUGAAAGGAAAAGAGAAUAAACAAGAGUGAGAGAGUGUAAGGUACGCGUCGCGGACUUUCUGACUCGCCGCUUUAAAAAAAAAAAGACGAUUAGGAGCUAAAUCAAUCAAUUCAGCUCGUGAAUAAUGAUGUUUCUAUCGCAUUGGGGGGUGUGUAUAUGUAUAUAAGGGGAAGGGGUGACGAUUCUCUACCUGUGCGCGUUUCCGUUAGAGUUAUAAGGUAUGUUAUAUCAUGGGCACAUAGCGCGAUUACAUCCUACGUGAAUUAUAGCGCGUGUACAGAGUGUGCGAAAAAUUUCAGUGUAAAAACACCACACGGGGAAAGUUUGCGAAGAACCAAGUAAUGAAAGUACAAGCGAUUUUUCUUUCGAGUAAUAACUUUUUUUUUUUUUAAUACACUAGAAUACUAUAAAGCGUGGAAAAGAGUAAAAUAGUUUGGAGUUUCGUCAAUUAUGUAGCUGUAAUUAAAGAGUCAUCUCCAUCGAUGAGUCACGCGAUAGUGUUAGGGACCGCUGAAAAUGAUAUGUUAAUAUUGCCUGAUUUAUGGAUAGAUUCUUUAAUAGCAGCUUACGAUUUGACUGAAUCUUGUACUUAAAAAAUUAUUCCUCGGUAUUACGAGAUCGUGUGUAUUUUCUGUUACUUAAUUCCUCGCGAUCUUUCCUGCCGAAGUGUCUUCGUGCUCGAAUUUUUAUGGCACUCUGUAAAAUUUAAAGCAACGUUACUAUAUACUCGAAGAAUCGAUUGCAUCAACGUCGAUCACCUUUUCUUUCAUUGUUCGUACUGCAGCAACUGUAAUUGUCCCGUUGAGUCGCGAAAAGCUCGACGUUUCAUUAUUUUCCAACAUCGAAACUUUUGCAAAUUGCAAAAAAAACUUGAUUGUCCUGCGUUACGAGAUGCGAUUUAGUUCAGACGUUUCUUCAAUGAAGAAUCGGCAACUCUCUCGAUUGUCAAAGAGACCGCUUGUCCUGGGGAGGGGUCGCAAGUACGUAAGACAUCCGUUUUUCAAGGAUCCUGCACUGCGGUGAAUUGUAACGUUGGAUCGUCGCAAAGAUAGCGCGGUUUCGGGGGGAGUCUUCUUUGAACUUUUGGCCUUUGACCUUCUUGGAAAUGUGAAGAGUUCUAGUCACGCUUUCGGUCCUCGAGGGUCUUGGGAAGGGUCUCUGGGCGAGUACGUACGAUUUUACUGCGUUCUCUUUUUCUCGCGCCGAAAGGUCAUCGGAAAGGAAAGAGCCGAAGGGGUCUUCGCGACGAACCGACAGAGCUACUUAACACUUACACGAUGUUAUUAACCGAUGCUUUAACUAUGAGCUUGCUGCUCGAACGGGCUGGCAGACAGGCAGAACAAAGACGUUGUCGUUGUUUAGUCGUUAAUCCUCAACAUACAUAGGCGUGCAAGAAGAAAAAAAAAACCGCGUCGUCGUCCAUUAACGUGAUUUAAAUGGACCUAUGCUUUAAUGUAAAGUACGUCUCUAUCUAUACAGUUCACAUAGCUUAAAGGAAAAAAAAACAUUAUCGGAGCUCAAAGUAUAAUGUAAUGUAAUGUGAUGUAAUGGUACACUGUCGAGGUUAUCGUACGUGUCGCCCCUUCGAACAUACGCAAAACGAGGGCAUGGGGGAGACGAGGAGAAGACUCGUACAUUGCACAAAAAGGAGAAAAAAAAGAAGCGCGUUAUCUUCGGUCCUCUCUGCGGUUCCUAGCGCGACCUCACGAAUGCGACCUUAGGUUCAACAGCCAGCCGGUUCGUGAUUUAAGGCAAGGCGAUUAGCGAUUUUAAUCUGUACACAUUGCAUAUUGUAAAUAAUAACGGUUUGCUGAACUCAAAAUGAGGAUGCGUUCUCGAGAUUUUAGGAGGUAUACGUUAUAUAUUCAGCGCUGUAGGGAGCCACGGACUUCCGGUUCGGACUUGCCUUUCAAUCUCUCGAGCAGCGUUUUUUUUUAAGUUCUUGCCAUUGUAGAUAAUUUUUUUGUUAAGAAAAUCAUAUCCCAGAAUCUUCGCGACGAUCUCUCGAAUCUUUUAGAAUUUGAGUGUGCCGACUUAAUUUUUCAGAUCUCCGCAUUGUUAAUUCUCUUUACGCAGGAAACUCUUGGGAAUUUCUUUGGAAAAAUUUUGUUUCUCAGAUUCUUUCAUUCUUAAGAUUCUUAUAUAAACGUGGAUCCAAACGGAGGUCGGGCUCCUUCCAACGCGUUGUGAAAGCUAUAAAAAUUACGGUCAGUUGUUGUAUUUGCCAAAAAAAUGGAUUUACCAUUGAAAGAGAUAAAAAAUUCAUUUCCAAGCGUAGGCUUCUGCUUGCGCGCAGCGAACGCGGAUCUAAUUAUUGCAACGCAUGCAGGCUCCGUCAGUCCCUCUUUGCACUCUUGCGUAAGUAAAAAUAUUUUCUACCGUUUAGAAAUAAAGAACUGUUACAACACAAA